AUGGCGGAGCACGGAGAGGCAGACGGUAUCGGGUUCGACGACAACAGGAUGGCGCAGCAGACCCUGCGUUUCAGAGGCCCUGCCCCGCCUCCGAGCCCCGUGAUGCGGGGCCCGCCCCCGCUAAUGAGACCCCCGCCUCCCCCUUUCGGAAUGAUGAGGGGCCCCCCGCCUCCGCCGCGCCCGCCCUUUGGAAGGCCGCCCUUUGACCCCAGCAUGCCGCCCAUACCCCCGCCCGGAGGCAUGCCCCCUCCGCUGGGGCCCCCACACCUGCAGAGACCGCCAUUCAUGCCUCCACCGAUGAGCAACAUGCCGCCACCCCCCGGGAUGAUGUUCCCUCCGGGCAUGCCCCCCGUGCCGUCACCCGGGACCCCAGCACUCCCCCCCGCAGAGGAGAUCUGGGUGGAGAACAAGACACCAGAAGGAAAGGUAUACUACUACAAUGCCAGGACGCGGGAGUCCGCCUGGAGCAAGCCCGAGGGGGUGAAGGUGAUCCAGCAGUCAGAGCUGAGCCCCAUGAUGGUGACCCAGGCCUCGGCGGCAGCCUCCUCCACCACCACCAGCCUGCCCGUGGCAAGCACCGUGGCCAUCUCCCCAGCCUCCACCCAGGCCCCCUCCCCAACCAUGGCAACAAGCCCCGCCCCCAGCCCUUCCCCCAGCCCCGCCUCCACUCCUGCUGUCUCUCAGCCAAUCUCCACCUCUGCUUCCCUAGAGAUGCCCCCUCUCGUCAGCACACCGUCCAGCAUGGCGGCGGUCGCCCCGGUGACGGCGAUGAGCGUCUCCACGGUGACGGCCACAGUGACGCCGGUGCAGACCAUGCCGCAGCUGCUGCCCCACGCCGUUCCCCAGGCGACGGCCGCCAUCCCCGCCUUCCCGCCCGUCAUGGUGCCCCCGUUCCGAGUGCCUCUGCCCGGCAUGCACAUACCACUGCCUGGAAUGCUGCCAGCCAUGGCCCCUCCCCUUGUUCCCAUGAUGCACCCGCAGCUGGCCAUCGCCACGGCGCCCGCUGCGCUCGCCGGCGCUCUGCCUCUGCCAGAGUGGACCGAAUACAAGACUGCAGACGGAAAGACCUACUACUACAACAACCGCACACUGGAGUCCACCUGGGACAGGCCCCUCGAGCUCAAGGAGAAGGAUAAGGAUGCAGAGAAGGCCAAAGACAGGCCCUCAGUGGAGGACUUGGACCCCAUGGACAUGGAGGAGGAGCCCAAAGUGGAGCCACCAAAAGAGGUUAAAGAGGAGCCCAAGGAGGAGGAGAUGACAGAGGAGGAGAGAGCCGCACAGAAAGCCAAACCUGUGGCCACCUUCCCCAUCCCAGGAACACCCUGGUGUGUGGUCUGGACCGGCGAUGACCGCGUCUUCUUCUACAACCCGACUACACGGUUGUCCAUGUGGGACCGGCCCGAGGAGCUGGUGGGCCGGGCCGAUGUGGACAAGAGCAUCCAGGAACCCCCACACAAAAAAGGCCUGGAGGACAGCCGAAAGCUAGGGAUCAGUAAGGAAGAGCUGGAAGCUGCUGCUGGAGAAGUUUUGGACGAGGAGCCUGUUAAGGCCAAGAAGAGGAAGAAGGAGGAAGUCAAAGAGGUGGACACGGAGAAAGAGGCGGCCAUGGAGGCGGAGAUCAAGGCUGCCCGAGAGAGGGCAGUCGUGCCCCUGGAGGCGCGCAUGAAACAGUUCAGAGACAUGCUGCUGGAGAGAGGGGUUUCGGCCUUCUCUACCUGGGACAAGGAGCUGCAUAAGAUUGUGUUUGAUCCUCGAUAUCUGCUGCUUAACCCGAAGGAGAGGAAGCAGGUGUUUGACCAGUAUGUGAAGACCCGAGCGGAGGAGGAGAGGAAGGAGAAAAAGAAUAAGCUGUUGCAGGCCAAAGAGGAGUUCAGGAAGAUGAUGGAGGAGGCCAAGCUGAACGUGAGGACGACGUUCAGCGAGUUUGCGGCGAAGCAUGCCAAGGACGCGCGCUUCAAGGCCAUCGAGAAGAUGAAGGACCGCGAGGCCAUAUUCACGGAGUUCAUGGCUGCGCUCAGGAAGAAAGAGAAGGAGGAGUCCAAGAACCGGGGCGAGAAGGUGAAGCACGACUUCUACGAGCUGCUGGCCUCCUACCACAUCGACGGGCAGCAACGCUGGAGCAAGGUGAAGGACAAGCUGGAGAGCGACCACCGCUACAAGGCCGUGGAGAGCUCGGCCAUGAGGGAGGAGCUCUACAAGCAGUACGUGGAGAAACAGAUCAAGAACCUGGACUCGGAGAAAGAGAAGGAGCUGGAGCGGCAGGCCCGGAUGGAGGCCAGCCUGCGGGAGCGGGAGAGGGAGGUGCAGAAGGCCCGCUCCGAGCAGACCAAGGAGAUCGUGCGUGAGCGCGAGCAGCACAAGCGAGAGGAGGCCAUCCAGCACUUCAAGGCCCUGAUGUCCGACAUGGUGCGGUCGUCGGACGCCUCGUGGUCGGACACGCGGCGGAACUUGAGGAAGGACCACCGCUGGGAGUCGGCCUCUCUGCUGGAGCGGGACGAGAAGGAGAAGCUCUUCAACGAGCAUGUGGAGGCGCUCACCAAGAAGAAGAAGGAGCACUUCCGCCAGCUGCUGGACGAGACCACUCUGAUAACACUGACAACAACGUGGAAGGAAGUAAAGAAGAUCAUCAAAGAGGAUCCUCGCUGUAUCAAGUUCUCCAGUAGUGAUCGGAAGAAGCAGAGGGAAUUUGAAGAUUACAUCAAAGACAAGUACAUCACGGCCAAAGCAGACUUCAGGACGCUCCUGAAGGAGACCAAGUUCAUCACGUACAGGUCCCGGAAGCUGAUCCAGGAGUCGGACCAGCACCUCAGGGACGUGGAGAAGGUCCUGCAGAACGACAAGCGCUACCUGGUGCUGGACUGCGUCCCGGACGAGCGCCGCAAGCUCAUCAUGUCGUACAUCGAGGACCUGGACCGCAGGGGCCCCCCUCCCCCGCCCACCGCCUCCGAACCCACGCGGCGCUCCACCAAAUGAGACACCCCGCCCCCCCAGUCCCACCCCCAAAAAAAGCCAGCUGUACAGUAUUACUGCUUGUGCCUCCCAGGGCGUGGUGCACCCCACAGGACUCAUGGGUUCAUGAACCACAGGUGACAGCUAAAGGCUAAAGGGGAUUACAUUAAAAAAACGCAUCCGUGGCUUCAUUCACUCUCUGGCCCCGCAAAGCUGUCAGAUCCAACCUUAGGUAACAGAUAUAUACAUGUAUGUAUAUUCAGUUGUUCGUGUGGCAGAGGUGAACCCUGCGGGUGAAAGCUGGCGACGGCGACUUUUUCUUUUUUGCUAAGGAGUUCGUCGUCGUCAUUGUAAUGA